CUCACGGAAGCCAGGGUGCAGGUUUGGUUCCAAAAUCGAAGAGCUAAGUGGAGGAAAACAGAGCGGGGUGCUUCAGACCAAGAGGGCUCUAAGGAAGCAAUGGCUGAGGUGGCACCUCCUGCGAGGAAUUUAAAUUCCCCUUCUCCAGCAGAUCAAACCAGGAACAAAAAAGAGGGUCUCGAGAUCCAGCAGAGCCUGAGUCGAGCAGUGGGUCCUACAGGACCUUUCUUCCCUUCCUGCCUACCAGGGACUCUUCUCAACACAGCCACCUAUGCACAAGCUUUAUCCCAUGUCGCCUCUCUAAAAGGGAGCCCGCUGUGCUCAUGCUGUGUUCCAGACCCCAUGGGCGCCACCCGCACCGCCAGUGUGGCUGCACUGCGCAUGAAGGCCCGGGAGCACUCGGAGGCUGUGCUUCAGUCUGCCAACCUCCUGCCUGCCACCAGCAGCAGCCCCACUCCUCCUGCCAAAUCUGUCCCCGAGGGCAGCCAGGACAAGCAGCCCUCUCCAGCCAAGGAGCACAUGGAAGGGGAGAAGAGUGUAUGA